GUUGUCCUUCUGUGCAUCAAUUAAAUUCAUUCGGAUGAGAACGGCUCUGUAGUUUUGCACACGGUGUACACUGAAUUCGUCACGAUGAACAUUUUGGUUUGAAAUAAUUAGUUAUGAAGAAGUUUCCCCAGAGAUAUGUCGUCGUUAUUUUGGGAUUUUUCGGACUCCUUUUCUCAUUUUCUUCAAGAACAUGUUUUUCUUUGGUUAUGGUUUACAUACUUCGUGACAAUGUGUCUCAGUCCAAUUCUCUGUUCAAAGAGUGUACAGUCAAUGGAACCUCGUGGGAUCUUAUGUUACCCUGGAAUCCGUCCACCACACAGUAUUUUAACACAGUAUUUUUUGCCGGUUAUUUCCUUACCCAGCUUCCAGGAGGGUAUCUGUCAGCUCGAUUUUCAUCUUCAAGGGUCUUUGGCAUUUCCGUCCUAGCCAGUGGUUCCUUAAUGAUAAUCUUGUCAUUUGUACUUACCUACGGUACACCUGUUGUGUAUGCAGUUCGCCUUGUCCAGGGUCUUUUUGAGGGUAUGACCAUACCUGCACUUAAUGGCGUUCUGUCGGCUUGGGCACUGAGUUCAGAAAAAUCACGAAUGGUCACAUUCACCUAUUGUGGAGCCUAUCUAAGUCCCGCCGUGGCAUUCUUCAUAACUGGAGCAACAACUUGCUAUGUCAGCUGGCAUUCCAGUUUUUAUAUCUUUGGAGGUCUGACUGUUCUGUUUUCCAUUACGUGGUUCAUAGUUGUCUAUGACAACCCUUUAUCAAAUAAAUGUAUGUCAGAUGAGGAAAGGUCUCUUUUUGAGAUGGAUGGUCCUAUGGUGGAUAAGAGCUCAAAGGAAAAGGUUAAAAAUGCACCUUAUCGGAAGAUUUUGACUUCUGUAACAGCCAUAUUUGUUGGAAAUUUCUGCCGUAACUGGAUUUUCUCAAUGCAGGUCUCCCAACUUCCACAGUAUUUCGCUGAUGCAUAUGGAAUGAAUGUCGCUAGUAUAGGAUUUUUAGUUGCUUUUCCAGAGGUUCUGAUGGCCAUUGUAAUAGUGAUAGGUGGCAUCUUCAUAGAUAUGAUCAUAAAAACGGGGAAAGUCAGCACAACUGUCGCCAGAAAGAUUGCCCAGUGUUCUGGGUUUGGGAUGGAGUCCUUGUGUAUCCUGAGUUUAGUCUUCAUAAGGGAUUACAGACUUGCUACUGUAGUACUUUCUAUAGGAAUUGGUAUUAGUGGAAUGGCCAUAUCAGGUUAUCAAGUAAAUGCCCUGGACUUGGCCCCUCAGUAUGCUCAUAUUGUAACAGGGUUUACCCGGAUCAGCUGCAUUGGAUCCAUGCUAAGUACAGCCGUGGCAGGCUUAUUAAGAGAAAAGAAUGGUGAGUCUUGGCAAAAAAUUUUCCUUAUAGCUGGGACAAUUCAUUUGUCCGGAGUUAUUUACUAUGCAAUAUUUGCUUCUGGAGAAAUACAAAGCUGGGCAAAGACUCCAAAUCUGACGUCAUCAGAUAGUACCCUUAAAUUGACGUCACAUCCUGUGUAUGAGUAUGGGUCAAUUUCACAAAGAAAAGAUGAGAUAAAGGAGGACCAAGAAUCUUAAUAUAUGUUUCUGUAAUAAAUUCUUGUGUGCUUCUGCAUGAAUUGAUUUGUUGAUAGAAAUUUAUUUAUUAUACUUUUAUAAUAAUUUAAAUUACUGAUCUCGGUAAUUCAGUCAUAACUU